CUGUGACCGAAUGUCGGGAUUUGAUUCACUUUACUGUAUUCGCUGUUGUCGGAACAAAACAUCUCCAAAAUAGCAACUUUACAGGAGAAGGAAAAACGCCUGCUUCAUUUUUAAUGUCCUUGGCUCCAGGAUAGAGGAGAGUAUUACUGGCUUGUACGUAAGGUGGACUGACGAUUAACAGCUUUAACUCCUGUUCCUGAGACUCCUUGUAAUUCCCCUUGUGUCCCAGUUCCAACACCAACUUUGCUGGAUGAUCAUGCUGCAUUUUUAAUGCCUCUUUUUGCUGGACUGUAUUGCUCUACGCACCGAUUAACAUGAUCGUCUUUUUGGGGGUGUCUCCAUUUGACACACAUGUGAGAGUCUGUUUGUCAGUUUCACUGGAGCUCAUUGAAGUCGGUCACCUACAGUGGGUGGUGCCAUUAUGGAACUGAUUCCAGAGGAUUCCUUAGUGACUGUGGAGAUGGACCUGCUUUGGGAUUAUAACUCUGUUGUGACUGAGGCAGUAGCAUCAUAAGAACCUAGUGAACCAUUUUCUUGCUUCUGAUUUGAAUUAUGUAUUUUUUACAAUUGGUGUCCAUAAGGAUGGUAGGAGAAAAUCACUGUUGAAGUCUAGGUUCAUACCAUCACCAUGAAGGCAGCUGAUCACCUCCUUCUCAAAACUCCUCUCUGGAAUGGUCCUCUGAUGUUGGGAUAUCACUGAAUAGUUUGAGAACGUCCCCAACUUUUGUGCCUAACCAAGCUGGGUCUGCUGAAUGGAGCAGACUUUUGCUUUGAUGCACCUGGAGUGCCCUUCCUUUGGCUUUGUUUACCACCUACUUACUUCAACACCUGAUUUACUUGGGGCAGUUUUAUUGGUUUCAAGUUGAUGUCUUUUGUCUGAACUGCUGAACCUGGACAGUCAUCACUUGCCUGCCACUGCCUUGAUUCUAAUCUGACUGCUGAGACAAGAUGAGCUAAACCAAGGAAUGUCUUCCUUAACCUGACCAAGCUGAUCAAACCCGAAGCUGUAGAGGCAUUGGAAGCGAGUGUGACGAAGGUGGUGGGAGUGGUGAGUUUAAGGAAAUGGCGGAGCAUGCAGAGCUUCUUGCAGAAAUGACCACUGUCGGGCGACUGUCUGCCACAGAGCGUCUGAAGCAUGCCCAGAAGCGCCGGGCCCAGCAGCUCAAAGGCUGGGCUCAGAUGGAGAAAGAAAACGCCAGAGCAGGAAAAGCUUCUCAGAAGAGCGACAGGGAGAAAAAGAGUAAGAAGGACAGUGGCCGGAAGGUGACCUUCCCCAACAACAUCACCUUGCUGGAGGCUGCGGCCAGGAACGACCUGGAGGAAGUGCGGGAGCUGCUGAACAGCGGUGUUAGCCCGGACCUGUUUAAUGAAGAUGGACUUACGGCAUUACAUCAGUGCUGCAUAGAUAACUUUGUGGAGGUGGUGCGCUGUCUGCUGGACGCAGGAGCGAGCGUAAAUGCCUGCGACAGCGAGCUGUGGACUCCUCUUCAUGCAGCGGCUACCUGCGGACACACAGACCUCGUCCAGUUGCUCGUACAGGCUGGUGCGGAUCUGCUGGCGGUAAACGCGGAUGGGAACAUGCCGUACGACCUGUGUGAGGACGACGCCACACUGGAGCUGAUUGAGGUUGUGAUGGCAGAGCAGGGCAUCACUCAGGAGCGCAUUGACGAGUGUCGCGGGACAAAGGAGAGAGCGAUGCUGGAGGACAUUCGAGCGCUGAUAGAGAGAGGAGCUGACCUGAACGCCGCGGAUGAGUAUGGAGCUACUCUGCUGCACAUUGCGGCUGCUAACGGCUAUCUGUCAGUGGGGGAGCUGCUGCUGGAGCAUAGAGUGCGUGUGGAGGAGAAGGACCGUGACGGCUGGACUCCGCUCCACGCUGCCGCCUGCUGGGGACAGCUGCACAUGGUGGAGCUCCUCGUAGCUCACGGGGCAAAUUUAAACACCAAGUCUGUUCUAGAAGAAACUCCACUGGAUGUGUGUGCAGACGAGGAGGUAAGGGCGAAGAUGCUGGAGCUGAAACACAAACACGACGCCAUCAUGAAGAGUCAGGACAGACACAAAGGAACACUGCAGAGACGAGCGUCCAGUGCCAGCAGCAGAGGUAAAGUGGUUAGGCGAACAAGUGUGAAUGAGCGCAGUAAUCUGUACAGAAGAGAGCACCAUAAGGAGGCGAUGGUGUGGCAGGAGAGAGGAGGCCAGCCUGAGCCAGCUGACGAUGACGAGGACAGACAGACGGAUGCUGAACUGAAACAACAUGCUGCUAUGGCUGCAGGCUCCAGCGGCAGCUCCGGUGGUAGCUCCAGUGCUGUUCCGCGGCCAGACGACGGCGCAGAAUCCAGUAAUGCGGUCUCCGCUCUAGGGAACGGUGGGGCUCCCUCUUUCUCCUCAUCCUCCAUACCGGGGGAACUGCGGGGCGGAGGCAGGAUGGACCGCAGUGCAUCCUACCAGCUGACCCCUAGUGUCGCGGAGGGUGGGGAUGGGGCCGACAGUAUGACCCGCGAGAAGUCUCACCACACACUUGCCGAACUGAAGCGCCAAAGAGCAGCCGCAAAGCUGCAGAAACGACCGGCCCCUGCACCCCCUUUCUCAAUCAGAGAGGAGUCCACACUGCCUCAGCCUGGCCACCAGGGGGAGCCCUCAGCAUCUGAACAGGAAAGCACAGGCAACCCUGUUUACUUCACUCCAGCCAGCGGAGAUCCACCGCUGUUAAAGCUCAUAGCACCUGAAGAGGAGACACCCAACACAAAGGAGCCGUGCUGCGGGCUAAUGUAGAGUUCAGAUGGGGUGAACAUGCACACGAUUGUUCCUUCUAGUGUUUCUCGAGAAUCCCUGCCCUGCAUAUUUUUGUGUUUUCCCUGCUGUAAAACACCUGGAGGAGUAUUUCACAAAGCAGAGUUGGCUGCAUAAUCCUAAAGAUAGGACUAAUAAUAAUAACAAUAAUAAUAAUAAUAAUUUUUAAAGUUCCAUUCUAACAAGACCAGCUUACACUACUUUGGUAAAGACAUUUAUUUAUUUAUUUAUUUAUUUUCACAUUUAAUGCAUGAACUUUUCCUAACAAACAGGCUGAUUACUUGGGGAAGCAAAUAAAAACUUUUAUGGGUGGAAAUGAAAAACUUGCGUUAACAUACAUAGAAUAUUUGUUUUAUCUUUAAUUUGUAAUAGUUACUCUAUGAAAGUUAACGCUCUUAUACAAACACUGUUUUGUUGCAGCAGCGAUAUAAACAAUCAAGUGAAAUACGUAAUCAUGUAGUUAAACAGACUAAAUGAAAACAUUUAGAAGAAACACCUAAUUGGUGUACAAGGCAAGUCACAAUCAUGAAAUUUUAGUUGCUUAAUUAACUGUUGUAGAAAUAAUUGCGAUUAAUAAUUUUUUUUUGUUUCGUUUCGUUUUGUGAAUUGUAUACAACUGGUAUACAAUUAACUAAAUACAAGACUAAAGUCGCCAAAAUGACUGACUAGCAAUAUUUAUAGCUGUUGUUACUCCCCACCCGACAACAGACACAGCUUUAGGUAAAAUAAACAAUACUCAUCUCUGCCUUCUAAAGGUCUUAUUAACAUACCUUACACAAGCAUUAUUAGUUGGAUUUUGCAGGAGUUUUUCAAACCCAAGUUGUACGGUUUACAUUUUAACAUCACAGGCACAAGCUGAAAAAUAAGGAAUGACACUCAGGUCUUAUAUGUAAAAUUAACAUUAUACUAUGAACAUAUGAUGACAACAGUAGAUAAUUUACUCACAUCCUCAAAAGAUACAUCCUUCACCAAGUUCUCUUAAAAUGCUUUUUCAACUUGGACGAAAUCGUCAGAUCCAUCAGCUCGGUAAAGAGGUCCAAAGCACAGCCCAUGUUAUAAAAUGUUCUUCCAUUCGUUGCCUGCAAUUACACAUUUCCACCAGAGAGGCCGCCAAAUACACAAAUCCUGCGUUGUGUAGCUUUUUUUAUAUAUUUCUGACCUGCUUUGUGAAAUAUCCCCUCCAGAUCCAACUAGUCAGCUAAUUAAGUUAAAGUGUGUGCAGGGAAAGUGCAAAAAUAUGUCAUUAAACCAUCUUGAACUGAAAAAGAACUUCUCAUAUCUGCUGAUGUACGUGUGCAUGUUUAAUAUAUAAGAAGCAGCACUCUGUUUGCACACACUCUAAACUUUUGCACACGGGGAAGGACUCAGACGGGAGAGCUUCGAGUAGAGCUUCUCUUUUACAACAGCUUCUCAAACGCACAGAGCAGAAUGACUUGUGCAAGAAAACAAUACAGAUAUUUCAGCUACAAUACAAAACAGCACUGGGUACAUCAGCAGCAUUUAAGUUGGUUCUAUUGCUGUUUCUUAUUUUUCCCCAUGUUCUUCCUUCAGAUCACCCAGCCAGAGCUGAGUCUGUUGCUGUGUAUUUUUUUAGAAUAACUUCAAAUGUCUUUUUCAUAAUUACUAAUUAUGACACAUGAACAUAUUUCUGUCAGAAGAGAGGGAGAAGACUGAACAUGCACUUUAUUAGAUAGCUGUAGUGGUGGUGACGGACCACUUACAGAGGUGGUUGAAGUGGAAUCCCAACAAAUGUUCUGCAUAACUCAGUUGUUUAUAUAUAAACAGUUGUUCAGAGUGGUUUGAUGUGAAAUGGUUUCUUUACAGUGGUGGUGACAAAGAGACACAUACACCAGUUUUAAUCUCUGUCCACAAUGUAAUUACAUGUCUCUUGCUUUUUUUUUUAUACAGAAUAGUGAGGGCAAUGGUAAAAUAGUGGUAAAUCUGAAAAAAAAAAAUUUUGGGGGGUAAUUCUUUUUCUUUCAACACCCUUGAUGUAUAUCUCCACGAAUAAAUGAAUAAAAACAUGUUGAAAAAAUGUUUAUAUUUAAACGUGAUCUCAAAACUGAAGCAUCAGACUCUGUAAGUUUCUGCAGAACAGAGCAUUUCGCAUCAAACCACUCGAUUCCUCUUUAAAUGGCUUAUUUUUACUAUUAUUACUUUUUGAGCAGCUGUGAGGACAGAUUUACUUCCAUCUCAACCCAAAACUCCCAGUGCCUGAAUCCUGUAGACCGGCAACUUCGUCCCAGGUUCAACAUUUGAGCUCCUCAUAAGCUAGUGACCGUAUACACAUGCGAUAUACUCCCCUGGCCAAUGUAUUACACAGGCUUCCUUUGUAGCUCCACCUUGCUGAUGUACAGUUAGAGACUUAGUCCUUCAUCAGUGGUCAGUUUCUGACCGCAGAGCUGCUCUUGGUUAGAAAUUUUUGUUCUCUUAAACAGCAGGGACACUCCAGCAAGAUGGUUGUGUCUGGUAUCACACACACUAACAUGCCAAUGUCACUGCUGGCAGUAAUUCAACAAACAGAACAGUGGUCCUGUGGCCAGAUUGGGAUAGAGGGGGAUUCAUGCAUUGUGCAGCAACAAAUGGGCUGCAGUCUGUAACAGAUCUAUCCAUGCCCUGGUCCAAAAUGCAGUUUUUUGUAGCAACUCUUGCGAUGUUGGGCAAGCUUUACAGAACGUGACCUAAUGAAUUUAGGUUGGGGUUUAGAACCGCUAAACAAUGUCGCGCUUACAGUUUGCAGCCGAGCUGGAAUGUUGUGCCGCCCUGCAGGUUGGAAACUACAGCAGAUUUGCCACAAGCUCAAUUAUCUGACACCUGAUCUGACCCAAGAGUAGCUGUGUUUCCUUCCAUGUAUUUGUAGGCAUAUUUCGACACACCUAAGAAAAGGGACUUAAUUGAAGUGGCCAAUAUCAGAUAAAUAAACAAAAAAAGAAAUAGUGCAGUGUAUUUGCAGAUAAAAAAGGAACGUGGUGGAAACGCAUUUGACGUAAAUAACAUAAAUGUGAAUUAAAUGUGGGGUCAUAUGUCUGAUCAGGUGGCUCAGUUUAAGUCUGGGCAGUGUGACCAUAUUAAUCGUUAUUGAGAUAAAUGUCACACUAUGCUUUUCUGAGCGUGUUGUGGAGAUCGUCAGUACUAAAAACACUCCUCAGCUGUUUACAGUUUGAUCACAGAGAGCAUAAGAAGUCCUGUUUUUUACUACAGAAUAUGAUAUGAUAAAUGUAAAUGCUCAUAGUUUUUGAGUGUUUCUUUUAGACAGGCACUACUUUGUGUUUUCCAACUUAUAAAAUGUCAGAAAAAAGUACAUCAAAACAUACUGAAAACUUCUCAGAGUAUAAUAUUAGAUUUUUGUCAUAUCACCCACGUAUAACAUUAUCAAAGAAGUAAACUGCUAUAUAGGUAUAGGGUGGCUUAUUUAUUACACAGUGUGUUUUUAUGCUCUUAUGGUGUAGCCAUGAAAUUAGACAAAAGUUGCAGAUCAUGACAGAUUUCUCUGUAACCCUGCACAGUAUUUCUCAAAAGUGACUCUAUAAAUGUGUCAGAGUUUUAUUCUGUAGUACAGAGCAGAUGGGAGUCCUGGUUCACAUCAUUUCAGUUAUACACCUGGCUGGUGUGAUCUUUCACACACGUUGUUGCAUGUCAUAGGAAUUAAUAACUGUUUUGAUGAAAAUUGAGUUCAUUUAUUUAUAUUAAGUUCAUUGACCCUUCAUCAAGCUUGUGUACAGUCAAAUCUGAUCGUGACAGUAUCUCUACAACCAAACUCACUGUAGGACUGUGUGUGUGUGUAAACUUAAAGCCUGAAAAAAAUGAUCACAAUCAUCUGUAAUAUUGUUAAUAAUAAAAAAAAAUAAAUAGAACACAACAAUAAUACUAAUAAUUUGUUCUAAUGGCAACCCAGUACAGAAGUGGUUGUACUUAUUUUACAUGCACGCUGAUGUAAACUAUUCCGUGUUCCAUUUAAAUGCGUAUUACACUGUGCUUUAGUUUUAUACUAAAACAAACCAUACAAAACGCAGCUAGUGCAGAAGCAUCUUAUACACUGUGGUAAUACAGUGUUUAAAUAUGUUAUUUUACACCACACGAUUACAUCAUUCUACAGUUUAAAAAAAAAGGAGAUCUUUUCAAAGCUUUCCAGUUGUCAUAUUUUCACGCUAUAAAGUUUGGUCAGUAGAGGGGAGCAAUGUGUUCACUGCUCAACUUCAAACUCCGCCUACAAGCACAGCCACUCCUUCACUAGCCACUGAAGUCUGUCGUUUUAUUGGCAGAACAUGAGCGUGAAGGAGGGCUUGUGCGUGGUAUGUAAACGAGGUGCUGGUAGACCGGCGCUUGAUUUCACGCACUGAAGCUGAUUCUUCAUUUACGCUCAAAUCUACUUGUUUUCACAUAUGAGUUUCAGAAAUAAGCAGAGUAGUUCAUGCAUCAUUAAUGAUGGUCAAGUCUGCACUCAUUUAUUGAUGAGUAAGGGUCAGUAGGACUUAAAGUUUGUCCAACCUCGCAACAGUAACUAAUGAAAGACCUAAAUUUGGGUGGGCGGAGCAUGGACAGGUCAACUUGGUGCGACUAUAGGCUAAGUGGAGCUCAAAGUUGGAGUGGGAGUAUAUAAUCAUAGUCUGCUUCCUUUUCUUAUCUGAAGGCUGUUGUUGCGUGAUGAGAAAUUAGUGAGCCCUGCUGUAAAGUGGACCUGGAAGAAUCUACACAGUCAAGCCUGUUGAGCCUAAUUGACUUUGUUCAUUUAUGUUUGUUUUAUUUAUCUCUGGCACUGAGAAAGCACUGGACCUAGACACACAAGUGAAUUUGCAUUCCACACUGCUUUCACUGCUGUCUGUGCGGAAUCUAAUCCAGUCGUCGCUCGUCAUAUUUGUGACAAAAAUCUGGCCUGGAAUAGUCGUAUGCUUCAACACACCAAGAAAUGCCUCUAUUUUAAUAGGAUAUAGUGUUUUCAUCAUCAUCAUCGCUCAUCAGUAGGAUUUAUAUGAAAAGCUGUUUUGGACAAAGUCAUUUCAGAUGAAAAUCUCAGUAAAUUAGCUUUUUAUUUCAGUUUGGAGAGACUGUACUUUAAGCAGCUUUUAAGGAUUGAUCUAUAUGUCUUAAUUAUUGUCUUUGCCUAUUUAUGUCUUUGGGUUUAAUUGCACAAAUAAGAGCUGAACUAUAUAGAAUAUUUAUAAUGUGAGAAUUUACAGACGACGCUGUCGUGAACACGAGCUUUUUGAGAAAGAAUCCCAGUUUUGUGUAUUUUGUUCAUUUUUCUUUUUAGGUAUUUUGUUUUUGUUUAUGAACUGAUCUUGCUGUCUGUAGAAAUGGUUAAAGUUUUGUGAUAAUUAUUUUUUUUUGUACCGAAACAGAUUUUUCUGUUUUAAUGAUGGACUUUGCCGAGAGCUUGAUGAAGUGCAUGAUGAUGUUCCAGAUGUGAAGAAGUACAAUAACACUGAGCUGAGCGUCCCAAACUGACCGAGACAACUGAAUCCAGCAGGCGGUUGGAUCUCUAAUGCAAAAGAUUUGGCACCAGAUUUCAAAGAAUCGCUUGGAGAGUUUUUACUUACGGGGCUGUGCAAAAGUCAGAGACCCUUUCUUGUGUUCGAUUUGUAGUCAAAACGGAAAUUAUAACUACAGGAAAAAAAAAUAAUAAAAAAUGGGUUUCACAGAAGCAUCAACAACUAAAUAUGAUAUCAAAAUGUUCAGCGUUUUAGGCAUCCACUCUUUGCCUUUAUUACAGCUUUUAUUCUUUUCGAGAGGCUUUUAGCUUUUCAGACACCUGCAGGAAGAUGGUUCCACACCUCCAAAGUUCAGUCUUAGAAGUUGGUUGUACUUUCUGCGUCUCAAAAUCCAAGUAGUCAAACAUAUUCGGCGAUUUUGAGGUCUGGACUCUGAGGUGGUCAGGUCAUUGUUCUGAGAACACCAACAGCUUCUUUGCUUGAUUUAAGUGAGGCUUCUUGUCAUAUCCUUUCAGACCCAUAGCGCUGAGGAGUCUUCU